AUGGCUUGUGGUUGGAGACAACAUGGUGGAGGAUCAUCAAUCAAAUAUAUUGUCGGUAUGGGAUUAGCGUACUCUGUAGUAGAGAUGACACGAGUAAUUGUCAAUCACUCAAUCGAUGAGCGACGAAAGAGUAAUGUCAACCAUUUGACAAUUGCUCUCCUUGCUGCCAUUGGUGUCCCACAUGUUUACAUGUACAUCUCUAUGCUCAAGGUAUCACCAAUUCCAAUCCUACUCUUACACCUUGGUAGAUAUCUCUAUACCACCUGGCACGAUGGAAAACAAACCAAAAAGUUACAAACAUAUUUACAAAACCGUGUAAUGAUGGUGCACUACAAACAAAAGACAUUAAACAUUAGUUCAGAAUUAUUCAAAGCUUACCUUAAACAAAAAUAA